CCCCGCAGCGUGACGGACGCCACCGAGCUCUGGAGCACCUGCUUCUCCCCAGACAGCCUGCCCACCCUUAAAGCCCGCUUUGGCCUGAGUGGGACCGAGGACAUCACCUCCCGGUUCAGGACAGCCUGCCAGCAGCACGGGGUGACCGUAAGCCUGCGGGACGGCAGGGCGUCCCUGACCAUUUCGGGAGGGCCCUCCACACUGGCCUUUGACCUUGCCAAGGUUCCAGGGCCUGAGGCAGCCGCCAGGUUGCAGACGCUGACUCUGGGCCUGGCAGAACGCGUGUGCAGUCUGGAAAGGCAGCUCGCAGCUGUAGAAGAGACAGCUGCCAACCCGAGGAAGAGCCCUCGAGCCGCAGGACCUCAGUUCUUCCCCCCAGAUUCUGAUCCACAGAGAGGUGGCUCCGGACCUGGGGUCAGGAGACGGUGUCCAGGGGAGUCCCUCAUCAACCCUGGCUUCAAGAGGAAGAAACCAGCUGGUGGAGUCAACUUUGACGAACUCUGAAGGUGUGGCCUUGCUAGGAGUCUGCCUGUGAGGGGGGCGGGGAAAGCCAUCAGCACCAGAGACUACUCCCACUGGCCAGUCCUGCUUCCGGGCAGGACUGCAGCUGCCCCACCGGUCUCCUUCCUGUCAAAUAAACAGCUACCGGAAUGGA